CUGGGCCAUUUCAGUAUCGCGUGUGACGAGGACCGAGGAGCAGGUUGCGCUAUGAAAUCGUGUGGCUGGCCAACAUUUCAGGCCCUGUGGCUUUUGUGAACAAUGCAAAGAGGUUGAGUAAGGUUCGCAGCUAGCAGAGAGUAGCCAGAAAUCUCGCCCCUUCGGUACUGCAAUCUCGCACAGCGUACGCAAGCGCCUCGGUAAUGCAACAGCGGAACUGAUUGGUUGUUCCGGCACCACGUCUGUUACCCAAUGGCGACGCAUGCGCCUCGCUUGAUGCACGGUGUGGAGGAUGUGCCUGUGUGGAGUGAGGGCUGUGAUGGGAAAUGCAAGUGGUGACCACAGCGCUAUGACACAGUCGUCAGAUGGUGCCGAUACGGUGGGUUGUGCGUGUGUGUGUGCGCGCUCUGAUUCAUAACGCCUCUUUGAUGUCCCGUGCAUUCAGUCACAGCCUAGAUGCCACGGACCACCAAGCACUUUUCCCACCGUGCACCCCCGGAGCAGCACAAUGAGAGUAUUGGGCGGGUGUCAACUUCAGUCCCAAGUCACAUCGGAUAUACUCAACAACCUUGGAAGUUAACGCUUCAUUUUUCCCGUGUUUUGAAGGAAGAGGCCGACCGACUUUAACAACAAAAACGGCCGGAUACAUUUCCGUCGGUCGGCGCUAUAAAUACGCGCGAGUAGACGGCAUUCGAACAGUUCUUCGUCUCCGAUGUGAUUCCACCGAGGAAACCUGAUUUUGUUGACGUGAGGAAUUUGGCUACCAGUUGCCCCUCGAUCCACGCGCUGAAGAAAGUAUGGAUAACGUUACUUCGCCGAACCGGUUCAAUAACUUGACGAGAGAGGUUCCAGAACCAGACAUUGGUUUGACCAUCCUCAAGAUCACCCUACUGACUCCGAUCAUCAUCUCCGGCAUUAUCGGUAAUCUUCUUGUCUGCAUCUCUGUCUUUAAGUUCCGUAGUCUCCGCAUCGUUGCCAACUACUUCAUCGUGUCGCUGGCCAUAGCUGACCUGGCCGUCAGCUCGGUAGUCAUGCCCCUCGGCCUGUACCAGGAGGUGGUGGCGGGCCAGUGGUACCUUGGACCAAUCAUCUGCGACGUCUGGGUGUCCAUGGAUGUCCUCACCUGUACCUCGUCUAUCUGGAACCUCUGCGUGAUUUCCGUGGAUCGCUUCCUGGCCAUCACCCGUCCCAUCCAGUACGCCAUCAAGCGGACACCGAUCAUGUCCUUGAUCACGAUCCUCUUGGCCUGGGGACUGUCCUUUCUCAUCUCCAUACCUGCCUUAGUGCUGGUGGGUGGGUACGACGCCAUGGCCUCGGACGAAUGCCAACUCAACGUCAGCCCUAUAUUUCAAGUUGGAUCUUCCUGUCUGUCUUUCUACGUUCCGUGCUUCAUCCUCCUCAUCGUCUACUACAAAAUAUUCCGCUCUGUGCAGAAACUUGGCCGAAGGAAACCCGGCAGCGUCAAGUACCGCAAGGGACCAGCCUACAAAAACGGUGUGGGCGCCGGCAAGACGACCCUUGUUACCAAAUUCGUCAAUGAAAAGACUGAGAAUUUCGCCACACUGUGCGACAAACAGGAGCCGUCUAGCGGCGAGACAGAGAAGCCCAACCAAGACAGGAAAUCCCAGGAGGCCAGCUCCGGAGAGAAGGUGGGCUCGAGGACUAAGCGCAUCUCCGUGGCCAGAGAGCGGAAGGCCACUUCGGUCUUGGCCAUUGUGGUGACCGUCUUCAUAUGCUGUUGGCUGCCGUUCUUCAUCACCAACGUGGUGAUCGGGCUGUGCCCCAACUGCAACAUCACCCACACCACCUUUGCCACCGUAACCUGGCUAGGUUGGGUCAACUCGGCCGCCAACCCCGUCAUCUACACCAUUUUCAACCGGGAGUUCCGCACCGCUUUCAGGAGGCUGCUGUUCUGCUGUGCCAGCGACUCGUACAUGAGAAGACAGUAUUUAUCCACCCUGACCAAUUACUGAUGAUCGUCAUCUCUUCUUGCCAUAAGUAGCAUUAGAUUGACAGUGUCGUUGUGACUGCUUCCGGAGCUCGCUUUGUUCGGCCGCCGGUCUACAAAUUGAGGGAGCAAUUAAUGGAGCGGUAUGGUUGUGUUUUCCCUUUUUAGACACCGAUUGUUUUUUCGAACAUAUUAUGAUGCAUCAGAUUCACUAAUGGCGACGAUCGGACUGUUCGGAAAACUAUAAAAGAUCUGUGGUAUUUUCUCUAGCUGAAAUGUUCUUACUAAUUAAUUCUAUUACAUCAGGUGAACAACCUGGACCCUUUUUUAAUAAACAACUCAUUCUAGAAAAACGUCUCACCGAGCCGAUGGCUAGAGGUGAUUUCACACAUAAAAGGCUUUGGAAAUCUUAACAAUGCAAUAGUUCGGAAAAAGAACACCUGCCUCCCAGAAAAAAAAUCUGUAAAUGCGUGGUUUGAGCCGUUAUUCUGUCACCGUCAUGACAUCGGUGAGAUUUUUAUUUGACAGUUUAAUAUCUAACUCCGUUUUCAAUGCAAUUUCAAAAAGGUAUGCUGCGGUAAGGAGCUGCAGCGUCACAUGUGUUUACUAAAGAUCUAGCGACUUUUAUUUUGUAAAGCGCCGAAGUUUGAGUUCAGCUAGUUUUCUGUAUACCGCGGGGAAGCCAAACUCGAAAACGUUCUAAGGUCAAAUUUGAUGAUGAAGUGGCGUCAAUGCCUGGGACUUGUGGCAGUAGUUUUUUGUAGGUUUUCAUAAAAAAGGUGGAAGCUUUGAUAAGGAUGAUAGCAUCCCUGUGGUACCUUGCCACUAGAGCUAUGUCUGUUGGUAUUACGUAGCGCACGUUGGUUGUAAUAUUUUUCUCAUAUGAGCAAUGUAACAAUCAUGCCUGCCUACAGUACCAAUCAUUCUAAUUAAGUUGCCCAAAGUGUUAGUUGGUUUGGUGAAGAAGCAUUUGUGCGAAUUUUUAUUCAUUUGAAUGAUAUGACUUUUUGGCCAACCAAAACUCACCUUCGAAAGCCAUACAUGAAAGGACCAACAGUCUUGGGAAUUGCAGUGAAUACUGCAUGUAAUGUCUACUGUGCUCUUCGGGUUAAAUCGACCGAUACAUUUUUAUUCCACAGUGUCGAUUAUGCGCAAUAUGUAAUGACACUGCCCAAAGAGAAAAACUGGUCACUCGUCGACUUACGCCGUGGUCAUGGCACCAUCAUAAUAUGGAAACAGCGUGGAUGAUUGGAUUCACAGUCAUUUCUUAACACCCUAUGGUAUUAUGGCACUUUACAUAAUAUUGGAAUGGAUUUUUUUUCCUGUGGAGAAGCCCAAAUCAGCAAUUAAUCAAAUUAAAUUCUUGAGAAAAAUUGGAUUGUUUGUAAUUCCAACGAACCAGAUAUUUCAAAACAGAUAACUGGCGCAAUUUUGUUUUUGUAGGGUGAUUUGCGACUAAUGGCAAUUUCAACUAACCAAAUCGUACAUAACGAAACCCAAAAAUUCACACAAUGCCCGAUUUUCUAGCUUAAAAAAAUACGUGCAUUUGAGUCAAUGGGAACUGCGGCAUUUUCUGUUAUUCUUGGGGACCAGUCUUCAGAAAUAAAUAUAUCAGAAAAACAAUGCUAUACUCGAAACAUUUGUCCCAGUCUCGGGCAAGGGAAUCAUGUAAUAACGCUUUAAAGGCGGCUUAACGUAGCCGUCCAUCGACCGAGUCGCGACCACAAUGUAAAAAUAGAUCGUCUUGAAAGUCAGAGCUGCCCGUCACAUGGAAAUUAUAAUACGCCACGGAUGAAUGGCUUGCGUUUAUCUUUUAUAAUUGGCACGUAUAUUGAUUUUCACUAAGCAUGGUUUUGCUGUUGUUGCGCUGGGCAACCAACAAUACAUGGCAAGUCAUUCUUCGGACUAGCUUCGACAGUCAGAAUGAUUGCAGUUAUUAAUAAUUCGGAUCGGUCUUGCUUGCGGGAAUCAAGGAUGUGGUGGUAAACGAAUAUACCUGUAGAUUUCAUUUCAAGAGAACGGUAUCGAUUUUGCCAAAACACAAACUGCUGUGUGUGGCAUCCUUCCAACAUACAGGAAUUCAUUACCUAGCUGUUGAGCUCGAGUCAGUGUAAUGAAUCCGUUGACGCACUGAAUCAUGGACUCAAUGGCGAGUCCACUAAGCCUUCAAACUCUGGAAAAAGAAAAUUUUGAAGCCAGUGCACCAAAUACCUGAUUCACGUAACUAAAUGUCGUGGGAGUCUUUAGUAGCAAUGUUUACGCUGAAUUUCCUUGUGUAAACGUUGAUUCUGCCGACAACCAGAUACGGUUAAAGAGUACAAAGAUUUCUUGCAUUGUACCCCCGUGUACUCUGCCUAUCAAAGAAACCGUGUCGGUAUUCUGCUGCUUUGCUCGAAUUAGCCAGUGUAGAGUUGUUAGUCGUGUUAUUGAGACACGAAAGAUUGUCGUUUUGCACAGCUGGCAUGAAUAGUCAGAAAAUUCUGACAUGGCUUACAUUUGCUACCUCCACCACCCAGGGUCCAGUGUAUUUCUAAUUUCAGCGCCGUUUAAGGUGUAACCAUUUUGCAGCCACGCGUAUCGCACAAUCGGUUAUAUCAAACAAAAUGCGUUGCCUGUGAACGAACUUGCAUUAAGCCUUUGUAUAGAGAAGAAAGCAGAGGCGGUAAUACCGUGUAGAAAUAACUAUUAUUUCAGGAGCGCCCAAGAGGAUUGGCAUUCAGAGUGAGGUGAUAUGUACCUCCUUACUCGUCUGCAGAAAAUGGAGGCAAAGACCCUUUGCGGUUACCACGGGUCAUCAGGGAUUUUUAUGCCUUAGGAAGCUUACAAUUACUGAAGGAGAAAGAAGCACCCUCCCGUCAUGACCAUCCCCAUGGGCCGCCAACUGUGAGCGUGCAUGCCAAACGUACGUGUUUCUCAGUGGUUUUAAUGAGACUGUGUAGGGCGUUUGCCUGGCGUUAUUAGUUAUGAGCUGGUCAAAUUGAUCUCAUCAAGAUAUCGCUAACUUUGUAGCGCUAAAUAUAGUAUCACUGUGGAUAUAAGUACCAACUAAGCAGACACCAUAGCGGUAGCGAGUAUAAAUAAAGCUCAUGCGCUAUUUCCCUUUCUGUUACAGAGACGUUUAGUCGUUGACUGUUCAGAUGACAUUUAUAAAUGCGAACAUUAUCAGCUACUGGACGCUGUCGUGGACAAUGACAUCUUCGUUUAAGACUAAGAUACUGACACCUGCAUGCGUAAAGACGAAGUGUCCUACAAAUUGGAACAGCAGAUUUUGGUUUUAUCACCCAUACCAAAACUCUGCCGUAGCACGCGUGAAAUCGUCACCUGUUCAGAGAUAAAGUAUGACAGAACCUGUCUGACUGUUUGUUUGUAGACGGACGCUGAAUUGACGUGACAUUUACGAUACUGUUUUGGAAUUGUUUCUUAAGAAAUUGUGCAGAUACAGUGGGGAGUUUCACCUCGGUCGGAGAAGCCUCAUGAAGGUAAAUUGAUCGAUUCCAAGAAACCCAAUCGUCUUGGCCGGGGUACUGACCACGCAUUUAAUCUCGUACCUUCACCGCUGCCAAUUUUGCUGACUCAUCCCCAGGCUCUAUUUAGACCUGUGUUUGUUGUCUUUUUAGAAUUUUUCAGUGGCUGUGUUUUAUUCCCUCCGUGACUUUCUUCAAAAAGAGAGGGGCAUAGUAUUAUGUCAAUACAAGGUGACUGACGUUUGUAAUAAUCAACAAAUCUUGACACUGCCGAAGCAUGAAGUACUACUGAUAACAGAACAUCUUUGAUAUGACGCAGGGGCUGCUGUGGUUAAUGAUAUUCAGUGCCAAUCUAUGAAGGAAAGACAUUACGAACAGUGUAGGCCCGUGUGCUGUUUUGAUGCAGAGUAGGCGUGUAGGCAGAUCCGCGUCAACACCUCAUGACAGUCUGCUUUUAAUGAGGUUUUUGUUUCGUCUAUUUGCCAGUCCAACCAUGAUUUCAUUUUCGUCAAAAAGGUCUCCUUGUGGUCUUGCAAUGAGACGUAUUUGGUGCACUGGCUGAGUAAUAUGCCCCAUAGGCCUUUACUUAAAGCCCCCCCCCAAAGGUAUUGUUUAAAGAGAAAUUUGAUGUUACAAAUUUGCUUCAAAAAACUGUGUGUUGAAAAAUUUCUCACCACGCUGCAUAACACGUACCACAUCUUUACGAAGCAAGCGCUGCCAGCUACACUGUUUGCAGCGUAUGUGCGCUUGAUUUUUGUGCAUGGACACAUACCUUUCCCUGAGCAAGGUAUGGUUUAUUCGGGCUAUUUCUUAGUACAAUGUAUCAAGGCAAAAAAAAAAAGUUUACAGAGGCUGCAUGUGAUGCAACAGGCACUUUCGUCGUAAUUUCAAAGCACAGUGAAAAAACCUUCCAUAGGACUGCAUGCUUUGUGCGUGCCAAAUCGACGGUGACAUUUAUUUCUAGCCAACGAUUGCACAAAGACUGCUCAUGGGUUGCGGGCGUGUUUACUUUACCCUUACGACUGCCGACUGUGUGUGCCCUACCCAUUACGCGCUGACAUGUUCCCCUAGUGUCCAAUGUAGCAUGGUUGCAAUAAUAUUUGACGCAGAGAACAGUUCGCGACAAUGAAGCAACCGAGGCAUUUUGAUAUCUGAUGCUACCCAAACGGACGCUAUCGUGCGACGCCUGGGGAAAUCUCGAGUUUGAACAAUGUCGGUACAUCGUUAAUAUGUUUGUGUACAGGCAACGUGGAGACAAAAUCUUUCAACUUACCAUUUUGGAGUGGAAUUACACUUUUUGUUACUGUGCAACUUAAUGCACCAUAAGGCAAAACUCCAACGUCCAGUAGGCAUUGACCAAUGCUGCCCCGAAGGCCAAAGACAAUCAAGUACAGAUAAACAAUUAAAUUGAAACAUUUUAUUCAGUAUUAAUUUUUCUGUUAUUCUACUCUUAUGUAUAAAUUUCAAGAUUUGCUCAGAAUUGCUAAAACAAAUUGCUUCGAAGAUGACUACAGAUCAUGAUAGGAACUGACAACACGCGGUUGUCUCUCUGGCAGACUUAAAUAAGAUUGAUUGGAGAAGUACCUUUCAAUCUAUGUCAAUUAGACUGUGACUUCAACGAGACACGAUUGGAACGAAAUGGAGACAAAGCAAACAUGAUUUUUAGUUCACCUCCCUCCUUCAAACUACGUCCGGAGAGCAAACAGAAAAUGGCCACGGCCACAUUUAUUUCCACGAGUGCUUGAUGAACUCCGAACCCGGUGGAAUAGAGGGGAAUCGUGUGUUCGGAGGAUCACUAUCACGGGAACUGGAUAUACUAGAAUUAAAAAAGCCCGCCGCGGAAAAAGAGCUUCAGUCUUCAUCAAAUUCAUCGGGGAUGGCACACUAGUUUUAAAUCAAUUCUCCCUGUUUUUUUUCUGUUCAUUUUUCUUUUGGAAUAUAUAUCAUUUUUUCAUCAUAAUUGUAGUCUUACUAUUCACCUGGUUCUCUUUAAAUGUAAAUGUUAAAACUUAACAAGCUAUUGCUUACCUUGUCUCAUUGUAUGACAACACGUGUUCUGGACCCUUUUAUAAUACUUCAAGUAUCAAUUAUGUCAAAUUUCCAGUUUGCAAUUAAUUUCAUAUCCUGAUAAUAAGUCCCUUUUUUGUGAAGUAGCAUCUGUGCACCUGUUUCUGUAUUACUCAGAGGGAACAUCUAUAACACAUCGUCUCAGCCCUGUGUUUUUGAACGUACCAGCGUUUGGUUACAAUAAAUGCAUCUCCAUUGAAGUGGUUUUUAUGCUAAUGUUGAUCAACCAGUAAAAUGUACGGACUAGACCCUGAUAGCAGAGACAUAUUAACUUUGCAAGAACUUUAAUUUUGCAACAGGCAGCGUAGAAAGGUGUGUGAAUUUUGACAUAACGGUGUCAUCCUUAUCCUGUGUAUUGUUUCUAUAUUGUGUAUAUCAGUUUCGCUGACGAGAAAUAAAAAUACACUACGUUUUUGUAUAAAAUGCAAGUUUGAA